AUGUUCUUCUCUCAGCAGCCAGUCCACUUCACCCGCGCCGCGGAGCUCAGCGAGGAGCCACCGAAAGGCACCCCUUACUCUGUUGCCAUCCCAGGUACCAAGAAAGAGGGACGGAGUCCGGUAUAUCGUGCUUGGAAUGCGCAAAAGGAACUCGUCAAGUCACUGGAUCCAGCUAUUACUACCGCCCAUGAGAUGUUUGAGACGACCGCGAUCCGACAGCCCAAGGCGCCUUGUCUCGGAUGGCGCCCGUUUGACCCGGUGACGAAAAAUUUUGGUCCAUAUCAAUGGAUUGAUUACGGCACUGUUCAGAGGCGGCGUGCGGAGUUUGGCGCCGGCUUGGUGGAGCUACACAAUAAACACCACUGUGCUCGUCCUGGACAGUACGGUAUCGGUUUGUGGUGCCAGAAUCGCCCGGAGUGGCAGAUUACAGAUUUGGCAUGCAUGUCCCAAAGCUUGUACUCAGUCUCGAUCUAUGAUGUCCUCUCCCCCGAUGCUACCGAAUACAUCAUCAACCACGCCGAGCUGACCUGCGUUGUUGCUUCCUUGCCUCACAUUCCCACGCUUAUCAAACUGAAACCCGCGUUGCCAAACCUCAAGAUUAUUGUCAGCUUGGACUCUCUCGAUGCUGGUGAACAAGCCGGUCACUCGAAGCGAGCGCUCUUGGAAUCAAUGGCUGCGGAUUACGAUCUCUUAAUCUACAGCAUGGAUGAAGUCGAGGCCCUCGGCGCUGCCGCAGACCGCCCUUACAACCCGCCCAAGUCCUCCGACAUUGUGACUAUCAACUACACGUCCGGUACAACCGGUGCUCCCAAGGGUGUAGUUUUGACACACGAAAACGCUGUAUCAGCAACCUCUUCUGCGCUGGUAACUAUUCCUCAAGCUCGGGGUGAUACGAUUGCGUCGUACCUUCCUUUAGCCCACAUUUACGAGCGGUUGACCGAGCAUGCAGCGUUUUGGGCUGGAGCUCGCAUUGGCUACUUUCAUGGAAACAUUCUCGAGCUGGUCGAUGAUUUGAAGCUUCUCAAACCCACCGGGUUCGUAUCAGUCCCUCGCCUCUACAGCCGCUUCGGAAGCGCCAUCCGUGCGGCAACCCUCGAGGCCCCAGGGUUCCGAGGAGCUUUGUCCAGACACAUUGUUGCGGCCAAGACUGCAACCUUGAAGAAUCCGGAUCCCAGCAAGGCUACUGUGAAGCAUGCCCUGUAUGACCGUAUCUGGGCUAAAAAGGUCGCAUCCGCUAUUGGUCUAGAAAACGUCAAGUCUAUGGUCUCGGGAUCUGCGCCUUUGGAUCCUUCCCUUCACGACUUUCUCCGUGUCGCAAUCGGUGCGGACUUUGCACAAGGAUAUGGUCUGACCGAGUCAUAUGCGAUGGGGUGUGCGCAGUCCUCCAAAGACCUGACUUCUGGCAAUUGCGGUCGUAUUGCUCCGUCUACAGAGGCGUGCCUGCUCUCUCUUCCAGACAUGGAGUAUUCCGUUGACGACAAGCCCUUCCCUCGCGGCGAGCUGCUUUUGCGCGGGCCCAACGUCUUCAAAGAGUACCUGAAGAACCCAGAGGAGACCAACAAGGCGAUUACCGAAGACGGCUGGUUCCGAACCGGCGACGUCGCCAAGAUUGACGACAUGGGCCGUAUUGUCAUCAUCGAUCGCCGAAAGAACGUUCUCAAGCUGGCGCAGGGCGAGUACAUCUCACCUGAGCGACUCGAGGGUGUCUUCAUGUCUGAGAUUGGCUACUUUGCUCAAGCUUACGUCCACGGAGACAGCAUCCAGACUUUUCUGGUCGGUAUCUUUGGCGUACAGCCCGACUUGUUUGCUCCGUUUGCUAGCAAGGUGCUUGGCCAGACCAUCGAUCCUACUGAUGUAGAAGGCAUCAAGGCCGUACUGCAAGACGACAAGAUUAGAAAGGCCGUAUUAAAGGACCUGGAGCGCGUGGCCAAGAAGCACAAGCUUGCAGGAUACGAGAGGGUGAAAAACGUUGCUCUGAUGGUUGAACCGUUCUCGGUGGAGAACAACCUCUUGACUCCAACGUAA